GGCCCGCGGCGCGCUGCUGGCGGCGGCCCUCGCCGCCUCGCGGGCGCGGCGCCCGCGACGCGCGGGCGUGCGCGCCGCCCGCCGCGCUGCCCGCGCGGGCGCGCGCCGCCAGCCGCGGCCGCGGCGGCCGCGGCGACCGCAGCGGCGGGCGGCCGCCGCCCGGUGCCGGGCUGGCCGUGCGAACGCGGCCGCGCGACGCAUUGGAGGGCCUGGCGCAGGGCGUCAAGCUGGGAGCCCUCGCCCUCGCGUGCGCGCCCCUGGCGCUCGCCGGCGCGGCCGGGUCGGGGCUCGUGGAGCUGCGGCGGCGCAGGCCGCUGCGGGCGCUGCUGGUGCUGGGCGGCGGGUGCGCCGUCGGCGCGCUGGCCGCGGGGGUGGGGCUGCUGCUCGCCGUGGUGCAGCUCGGGAGGGGGCUGCUCGGCACGCCUCGUGCGGUGAGAGCCAGGGCCGACCAGCAGUCCUGGGACGCCUCGCGGGGCGCGUGGGUGGAUCUCGAUCUUCGGGCCCUGGAGCGUGAGGUGGCGGUGCCAGACGAGCCCGAGUUCGAAGCGGCCUCGUCAGUCGCCGAGACCGAGUUUUACGAUGUCCUCCGGGUGGCCACCUCUGCUUCCACCAGCGAUAUCAAGAAGGCGUACUAUAGAGAGGCGCGCCUGUGCCAUCCCGACAUCAACCCUGGCGACGAGGGUGCCACCGCGCGCUUCCAGACCCUCUCAGAAGCGUACAAGGUCCUGGGCGACUCAGAGUUGCGGAAGCAGUACGAUGCUGGAGGCAAAAGUGCAGUCGACAGCAAGGGCCUCUUGAGCCAGAUAGACCCUGCUGUGUUCUUCAGUCUGCUGUUUGGCUUCGACUCUUUCGAGCCAUGGGUCGGGGAAAUCGACCUGGCCAUGCGAAUGGAGCAGCUGGCCAAGUCGGGCGGACGUCGUCCUGGGCCGCCACGCGGGGGGAGAGACCUGCUCGAGGCGUGGCAGAAGCAGAUGCUCGACAGCCGGGGGCUGGCGCGGCGCCAGCUGCGGCGCGAGGUUGGCUGCGCGCUGCACCUGCGGACGAAGCUGGACAGCUGGACGGCGGAGGGCGCAGGAGCCUGGGAAGCGCGCCUGCGGUCCGAGGCCGCCGCGCUCGCGCGCGGCAGCCGCCGCGGCCCCGAGCUGCUGGCGACCCUCGGGGAGGCGUACGGGGCGGCGGGCGCGCGCGACGCCUCGGCCGCCCUCGGGGUCGCCGCCGCCGCCGCGAGGGCAGCACGCGCGCUGCGGAGGCGCUGCAGCACGGCGCGGGAGGUCGCGUCGGGCCUGCGCGCCGCGCGCCGGGGCCUCAGGGCCGCGGCCCGGAGCAGGAGGAGCGGCGCGCCUCCGCCUCAGAGCGCACAGGCGGCGGCGGACGAGGCCCUGCCCCUCAUGGUGUCGCUGGCGUGGAGGGCGGUGGUCGUCGACGUCGGCCGCACGGCGGCCAGCGCUGCCCGCAUGGUGCUGCAGGACAAGUCGGUGGCGCCGCAGGCGCGGCAGCACCGCGCCGUGGCGCUGGGGCGCCUCGCGCGCGUCUUCGCGGCGGAGGCGGCGGAGGCCGGGAGUGCGCCGCGGGCCGGGCCCGACGAGCGCGAGCCGGGCGCGGUGCAGGCGUCUAUCCGGGAGGCGCUCGCGGGAAGCGUGAGCGGGGGCGAUAGGGCCACGACGGGCGCCGCCGACCGAGGCUCUCGAGGGCAGCGCGCGCCAGCUAGCAAGAACAGAGCCUUUUGA